AUACUAAAGAAAAGAAAAACAUAAGUAUUCAUUAAUAUUUGUGUGUGUUGAUGGGAAGGUAGAACGUAUAAUAUAAUUAAGGAAGGAGAGUGAUGGAGAGAGUGACCGGUUGGAGAAUUGAUCGGGCGGAGAUAGAGACGAGAGCAGCGUUUGCGUCGGUGAAAGAAGUGGUGGCCAUGUUCGGAGAAAAAGUUUUAGCCGGAGAGAUCUAUGCAACUAGGCUUAGAGAGGAAACAAAAUCAAUUCCGAGUGGGCCGACUCCUCUAUCAAGACUACGAUCUCUUACACUCGAGCUCGAUCAGACCAGAGAAACUCUUACAAGAACGCUACAACUAAACACCAUCCUCACCAACAGAGUCAAAUCUCUAACACAAGAACUUGAACAUGGGAGGAAGGAGAUACAACAACUCAGCAGGACGAGGUCGAGUCGCCUAGACAAUCCGGAGAGUGAGGAACUCAAGUUCAUGGAACAGCAUCACACGAAGACGACGUCUAAAGAUGUUGAAGAAGAGGUUGUAACGACGGAGGAGCUCGAGAAGAGGAGACUCGUCACAUUCGCGAGCUCGCCUUUGCUGAUGCGUGUGAUGUCAAGCGUGAGGGAAGAAGAGGAGAAGAAGAAUAAAGAGAAUGAUUUUGAGAGAGAUUGUUCGGUCAAGAAGACAAAAUCAAAGAGGGGUUUUGCUCCGUUCAUGGGAUGGUUUAGAGCAAACCGAGGACGAGAUUGAUCUAUAUAAAUCCAAUAAUGCUUGGUCAUAUUGAUUAUUUGAUUUUACAUCGUUAUAUACUUGUAUAACAUAUAGUAAAUGUGUAUCAAUAUCGUUCUAAGAGUUUGAUGAAUAAUAUGUUAAAAUGUGCAUCUCGCA